ACGUGGGCCGGAAGUUCUCUCAUUGUUGUUGCAGAAGGAGCGAACUAGGAAAGCCGCCAUCACUUUCUCGUAGUUUCUCUCAAAAUAGCAUUAUAUAUAAACUUUAGGUUAACUGGACUGGUGACGGUGUCCUACAAUGAUUAUCCCUGUCCGGUGCUUCACGUGUGGGAAGAUCGUGGGUAACAAGUGGGAGGCAUACCUCGGCCUACUCCAAGCCGAGUAUACUGAAGGUGAUGCCCUUGAUGCCCUGGGCUUGAAGAGAUACUGUUGUCGGAGGAUGCUCCUUUCUCACGUGGAUCUUAUUGAGAAAUUGUUGAAUUAUGCUCCGCUGGAGAAGUGAUUUGAACUGGCAACCUUCAAGAACUGCAUGGACUUUGUGGGGCUGUGGCAUGGACAGAUUGAUGUUAUGUUGAUGUGCGACAACAAAUGCCGACCGCAUUGAAGACUUCUGAAACAUUCAUUUGUGCACCUAUUUGAUGAUGCAUUUUUUUUUUCUAAAUAAACCUGUUAAAUGACA